CGGCAUUUCUUUUGGACCCCUGCAUUGUUUUCCUGCUUGUGAUCAGAAAAGCUUCCUUCUGAGCUAGCUUUACCUUUACCGCCUUGGCCUGCGACGUCAACAAUACUAUACACUGCAGACAACCCUCAAAUACUUACCGUUGCGACUGAACUAAUCGCUUUCUUUUCAUCCCUUCACAAGUCAAGUCGCCUGCUGACAGCGUUGUUCUACGCCAUUCCAACUUUCGACAAGCUGCCUUAAAUCUCUUCAAGGCUACCUCCUUUCUUUACAUCACCGCCCCAGACCCUUGACGACACCACAAAAGAUCCAUACCAACUGGAGACGUCUGCAACCUCACGUUUCACCAUGUCCAAGAGAACCAGCAGCCUGGCCACCGUCGGCAGCGAUACUAGGGACAGUGCCAGCGACAAGCCCGGCUAUGACAAGCAAAAGAAGCUCCUCUCGGCCGACGUCGGCCACUUCUCGCUGGUGCGCGCCCUGCACAUGGCCGACUACAUCACGGCGCUCAACGGCCUGUGCGGCAUCAUGUCCAUAUUCUCCUCGAUGCGCUACUGCCUAGGCGACCCGAGCGACAAGAGCAACGCCUACGCCGCCCUGGCCUUCCUUCCCUUUGGACUUUUCUUCGACUUUAUGGACGGCAAGGUCGCCCGCUGGCGCAAAAAGACCAGCCUAAUGGGCGCGCAGCUCGACUCUCUUGCAGACCUGAUCUCAUUUGGCGUCGCCCCGGCCGUCGUCGCCUUCGCCAUCGGCAUGCGCACGCCGCUCGACCACCUCGGCCUGGCCUUUUACGUGCUCUGCGGUCUGACGCGCCUGGCCCGCUUCAACGUGACGACGGACGACAUACCCAAGGACGCCACGGGCAAGGCCGCCUACUUUGAGGGCACUCCGAUCCCGACCAGUCUGGCCCUCGACGGGCUCAUGGCCUACUGGGUCCGCUCAGGUGCCAUCCACGACGCCAUCCCCGGGGGCCUUUGGCUCGCCGGCACCCAGUUCGAGUUUCACCCCAUCAUUGCCGUCUUCAUCCUGCACGGCUGCUGCAUGACGAGCAAGACUAUCCAUAUCCCCAAGCCUUGAUUUUUUGUCCUUUUUUUACAUUUACGGAAUGAAAAAGAGCCAUUUGCUCAUUUUCCCCGUCACGUUAGGUGGGGUUAGUUCAGGGAAAAGGCAGGGAGGGGACUGAAGAGUUCGUGGCUGUUUUGUUGACGAAUCUCUUUUUUUGCUUAUUUGAACCACUUUUCUUUUUGAAAUACCAUUACCGAAUCGAGUGAUUAAGCAGUUGGAGUUUAGCAGAAUAUGGGUUAGCAACACGGCUUCAUAAUGACGGCGAUGGAUAAUGAUUUUAGAUUUCACGCCCUCUUCACACACUGUUCCCCACCAAAGCAAACAGUUUUUUUUUUCAUAACGGCCUUCAUCAGUUCGAUAGACACAUCAAGGACGCCUAAUCAAAUAUUAUUGGCAUGAUUCUAUUCGC